UAAAUAAAGGGAGAAAAAAAGCACCUCACAAAACCCUACAAGUAUAAAGCAUUCUCAGUGGUCUCUUCUCGCUUGUGUCCGGAUAUCCAAUCCUCCACCACCAAAGGUGGCAGCAAUGGCGAGGGCCCCCACAAUGGUGAUCCAGGAAGACUACAUCGACAUGGACCUCACCCCGACCACCACGCCGCUGCCCCCCUCCUCCCCACGCCUCCGGGAGUUCGAGUUCCACAGCUCCGCCGCCGGCAGCAAGGCCUUCGCGUCGCCGGCCGACGAGCUGUUCUACAAGGGCAACCUCCUCCCCCUCCACCUUCCGCCGCGGCUGCAGCUCGUGCAGAAGCUGCUCCAGGAGCAGCAGGUGCAGGUGCAGGGGAUCAAGAAGGCGUCCUCCAUUGCUGCUGCAGAGGUGGAAGACGACGACAUUGUUGACAUGAGCAAGGUCUGCGCCAAGAAGUAUUCGUGGUCCAAGAGGUUGAAGAUGAUGAAGAGGUGGACGUCGAGGGACUACAUCAAGUCCCUCUUCUUGGCCGCCGCCAAGCCGAGCGACAUCGGCGUCGUCGCCGGCAAUGGCGGCGGGAGCGUGAUGGAUCCAGCUGAAGAGCUCUGCGGCCACCGCAAGUCCUUCUCCGGCAUCAUCCGGCGGGUGCGGCUGGUGGCGACGAAGGCUGCGUCGGCGCCGGCGACCCCGCCGCUGUGCUCGACCUCCUCGUCGUCCUCGUCCACGCCGUCCUGCGGCAACGCGAGCGGGUUCCUGGCCAGGCCUGGGGCGGCAUCGGCGGCGCUGAAGCGGAGCAGCAGCGCCGGGUCGGAGGAAGGCGCCAUCCAGGGCGCCAUUGCGCACUGCAAGAGGUCGCAGCACCAGCACCAGCACCUGCAGCUGCAGCAGAGGAGGAGCGUCAGCGACGUGGUGUUCUACUCGGUGACCAACACGCCCAGGGUGUCCUCCGUCGCCGCCGGCGAGGCCGCCCAGGAGAGGCAGGAGAUGUGCAGGGGAUGAUGAUUCUCUUCUUGAUUUGACGUCAUGACUCAUGAUGUUGACAAGAACAGGGGAAAAAAGAUCAUAUUUUUUGUUUCGUUUCUGCUUCUGUUUUGGCUGUUGGGAGUGCCUGUGAAGAUGAGCAAAUGUGUUGUGAAUGAAUUGCUGUGAGGAUUCAUGGA